AACGGUUGCAAAAAUUAGGGUCCGAUUAAAAAGAUAAAUUUCAAUCAUUUACGAACUUUUAAAUACAAAAUUAUUAUAAAGGAAAGUGUUAAAUCGUAUAGUAAUUAUUUAAAUUGGAUAAACCUGCCAAAAAAGAUUUGGGUCAAUGGCAGACAAAGAAAAGGCCGAGGGCCAUGUUAGUUUGGGCGGAAAUGACGCACGCUUGAGUGCGCAUGCCCUACGCUUGGGUGGAAAUGAUUCACUAGGCAAUACACAACGCGAGGGCGGAAGUAAACAGGAAAAUAGAUUGGAAAGUUUCUUAAAACGGGGAGAAGACAUUUUAAAUACUUUCUCUCAGUCAAUCAAAGGUUUCGAGGUCCAUGCAAAGCAAAUGGAAGAACUUUUGAAUACGGUCAGCGAAAUUCAGACAGAAUUGAAUUUAAAAAGGAAAGAACCAACAGCAUCCACUUCGGGAACAAAUGAUCAAGUACCACCAAAAAAGAAAACAAGAACAGAAAAUGUUUCAUCAGAAGAUGAGAGCGAUACUGGGGAUGAGCUAGAAAGAGUUUUAAAUGAUAGUAGAGAAGAUAGUUCAAAUGAGGACGAGGAGGAUAUGGUACAAGACAUAGAUUCAUUUUUUGAUGAAGAAUCUACAUGUGGGGAUGAUAUUAAACAUGUUGCACUAGCUGAAGCCAUAAACAAAAGCCUGAGGUGCCAAAAAACUGACCAGGAAAAAUUAAACAACUCCUAGAUAAAUACAAAAGACCUGCCAAUAUAGACAAUUUGCAAAUACCAAGGGUAGACAAUUUUCUUUGGGAGCAGCUGAAAGGGCAUACAAAAUCCCAAGAUGUCCACUAGCAAAAAAUGCUUGGGGUGCUGAACCAAUCAAUGGUGCCCCUGCUUCGAGCAAUGGAUCAUAUAGUUGGGAAUAAAACGCCAGACAACAACACAUUAAAAACAUACAUCAGUGAUGCGGUUAAGAUC